AUGGGAAACGGAUACAAUGCUCUUGCCCUAAUUCUCUUCCUUACAAACCUCUCCUUUUCGCUUGCCUUUGCCGAACCGAAUGACGGGUUGUUGCGGAUAGGUUUGAAAAGGAUGAAGAUGGACAAAAACAACCGGAUUGCUUCUCAGCUUGAAUCUAAGGAGGCACAGACGCUGAGAGCCUCCUUUAGGAAGUAUAACUUCCGUGGUAAACUUGGAGAUGAUGCAGAUACUGACAUUGUUGCACUUAAGAAAUACAUGGAUGCACAGUACUUUGGAGAGAUUGGCAUUGGCACUCCGCCUCAGAAAUUUACCGUGAUUUUUGAUACCGGCAGCUCCAAUCUGUGGGUGCCGUCCGCUAAGUGUUUGUUUUCUGUCCCUUGUUACUUCCACUCCAAGUACAAGUCCAGCCAUUCGAGCACUUACAAAAAAAAUGGAAAAUCUGCUGCAAUUCAUUAUGGAAGUGGGGCAAUCUCUGGAUUCUUCAGUGAGGAUAACGUGAAAGUGGGUGACCUGGUUGUGGAGGGCCAGGAAUUUAUCGAGGCAACCAGGGAACCAAGUGUUACAUUUUUGGUGGCCAAGUUCGACGGUAUACUGGGUCUUGGGUUCAAAGAGAUCUCAGUUGGAAAGGCAACCCCAGUAUGGUACAACAUGGUCAAACAAGGUCUUGUCAAGGAGCCUGUGUUCUCAUUUUGGCUAAACCGAAAUGUGGAUGAAGAAGAGGGUGGCGAAAUUGUUUUCGGUGGUGUUGAUCCAAAUCAUUUCAAGGGUGAGCAUACAUAUGUACCCGUGACCCAGAAAGGCUACUGGCAGUUUGAUAUGGGUGAUGUACUUAUCGAUGGCAGAGAAAGUGGAUACUGCAGUGGUGGAUGUUCAGCAAUUGCCGACUCUGGGACUUCUCUGUUAGCAGGACCCACUACAGUAGUGGCUAUGAUUAACCAUGCUAUUGGUGCCACUGGAGUUGUGAGCCAAGAAUGCAAGGCUGUUGUUCAACAAUAUGGGCAAACUAUCAUGGAUCUCCUAUUGGCUGAGGCUCAGCCAAAAAAGAUAUGCUCCCAAAUUGGGUUAUGCACCUUUGAUGGAGCUCAUGGUGUCAGUGCGGGAAUACAAAGCGUGGUGGAUGAGAAAGAGGGUAGAUCAUCCGGAUUGGGUGAUGGCAUGUGCUCGGCAUGUGAGAUGGCCGUUGUGUGGAUGCAGAAUCAGCUCAGGCAGAAUCAGACUCAAGAUCGCAUCUUGAACUAUGUCAACGAGCUCUGUGAACGUCUCCCUAGCCCAAUGGGUGAAUCGGGUGUCGACUGUGGAAGCAUUUCCUCUAUGCCAACUGUUUCCUUGACGAUUGGUGGCAAGAUUUUUGAUCUCUCCCCAAAAGAGUACAUACUUAAGGUGGGGGAAGGUGCUGCUGCGCAAUGCAUUAGCGGCUUCACGGGCCUUGAUAUACCUCCUCCACGUGGGCCCCUCUGGAUAUUGGGAGAUAUAUUUAUGGGUCGGUACCACACCGUGUUUGAUUAUGGCAAACUUAGGGUCGGUUUUGCCGAAGCUGCUUAG